UUUCAUUUCAUUUCAUUGUCAGAGCAUCUGCACCAGGGAUCUUGAAGCAAUCCCAAAGCUCCAGGGUGAAUGGAUAUCCCGUAACUCCUGUAACUCGUCUGUUUACGCGGAGACGAGACAAAAUUAAAUACCAGUAACCGCCAAAGGCUGGUCAAUUGCGGAGACUGGGGCUGUGGGUUAGGGCGGUUGCAAUAAGCGAGAGCGCUGGGCGGUGAGAUGGAUGUUGAAGAGGAAGACAAGUGGAGUUGCGAAGGUGGAGGUUUUAAUAAAGUUACACGUGACGAACGCCAUGUUCGACGUAGGCAGGUAGACCACAAUACAUACAUACAUACCAGAGACAGUAAGUUAUGGUUAGAGUUAAGGAGGGAUGCAUAUAUUCUGAAACCUGAUAGAACGAUAUGUCAUGGCAAGACAUCAAUAGAGGGCAAACUACUAAUGUAUGCAGUUGGAAAGGGAGUUGACGAAGCAACUUCUAGGGAGACAACUAAGAUGAUAACAACUAAAACAUCAGCCAUGAUAGUUUAUUAAUUAAGAAUGCAG